UCUAAGGAUCCAAGAGCUCAGUCGCAGUGCCUGAGGAAAGCAGUCAGUCCGUUCAAUUAAAGGGGCCCCUGGCUUCGGAUUUUUUUACGAGGGUAAGGAAGAGUAGGAGGGCGAGGGAUGGACGCGAAAGGCUCGAUCCUUAAUCCAAGCCGGAGACAAAGCCGCGCUGGGCAGCCCGCUACGCGCGGCCCCCACUCUCCGGCCCGAGAUGAAUGCUGCGGCACAGGCCGAGUUCAACAUCCUCCUGGCCACCGAUUCCUACAAGGUUACUCACUAUAAACAAUACCCACCCAACACAAGCAAAGUUUAUUCCUAUUUUGAAUGCCGUGAAAAGAAGACAGAAGACUCCAAAAUCAGGAGGGUGAAAUUUGAUGAAACAGUAUUUUAUGGGUUGCAGUACAUUCUUAAUAAGUACUUAAAAGGUAAAGUAGUAACCAAAGAGAAAAUCCAGGAAGCCAAAGAGAUGUAUAGAGAGCAUUUCCAAGAUAAUGUCUUUAAUGAAAAGGGAUGGAACUACAUUCUUGAGAAAUAUGAUGGGCAUCUUCCAAUAGAAAUAAAAGCUGUUCCGGAAGGCUCUGUCAUUCCCCGAGGAAAUGUUCUCUUCACAGUGGAAAACACAGAUCCGGAGUGCUACUGGCUUACAAAUUGGAUUGAGACUAUUCUUGUUCAGUCCUGGUAUCCGAUUACAGUGGCCACAAAUUCUAGAGAACAGAAGAAAAUAUUGGCCAAAUAUUUGUUAGAAACCUCUGGUAACUUAGAUGGUUUGGAAUUCAAGUUACAUGACUUUGGCUACAGAGGAGUCUCUUCUCAAGAGACUGCUGGCAUAGGAGGGUCUGCUCACUUGGUUAACUUCAAAGGCACAGACACAGUAGCAGGAAUUGCUUUAAUUAAAAAAUACUAUGGAACAAAAGAUCCUAUUGCAGGUUAUUCUGUUCCAGCGGCAGAACACAGUACCGUAACAGCUUGGGGGAAAGACCAUGAAAAAGAUGCUUUUGAACAUGUAGUAACACAGUUUUCUUCAGUGCCUGUAUCUGUGGUCAGCGAUAGCUACGACAUUUUUAAUGCCUGUGAGAAAAUAUGGGGUGAAGAUCUAAGACAUUUAAUACUAUCAAGAAGUACAGCGGCACCACUAAUAAUCAGACCUGAUUCUGGAAAUCCUCUUGACACUGUAUUAAAGGUUUUGGAUAUUUUAGGUAAGAAGUUCCCUGUUACUGAGAACUCACAGGGCUACAAGUUGCUGCCUCCUUAUCUUAGAAUUAUUCAAGGAGAUGGAGUAGAUAUUAAUACCUUACAAGAGAUUGUAGAAGGCAUGAAGCAAAACAAAUGGAGUCUUGAAAAUAUUGCCUUUGGUUCUGGUGGUGGUUUGCUACAGAAGUUCACAAGAGAUCUCUUGAAUUGUUCCUUCAAGUGUAGUUAUGUUGUAACCAAUGGCCUUGGGGUUAAUGUCUUUAAGGACCCAGUUGCUGAUCCCAACAAAAGGUCCAAAAAAGGCCGAUUAUCUUUACAUAGGACACCAGCAGGGAAUUUUGUUACAAUUGAAGAAGGAAAAGGAGACCUAGAGGAAUACGGUCCAGAUCUUCUCCAUACUGUUUUCAAGAAUGGGAAGGUGACAAAAAAUUAUUCAUUUGAUGAAGUAAGAAAAAAUGCAAAGCUGAGUAUCGAACUGGAAGUAGCCCGUCAUUAGGCUUUGUUUUAUGACUGGCUGUGGGUACGUGCUUGUGUAUGCAUUUACAUGCAUGCACACGUACGCCCAUGUGUGUAUGUAAUGCAUAAUGUUUAUUGUACAGGUGUGUGGGGGUUGUGUUUUAUGAUACAUGACAGCCAAAUUAUUUGUUGGUUUAUGGACAUACUGCCCUUUUCUUUCUUUUUUUCCAGUGUUUAGGUGACCUCAAAAUAGGAAAUGCAGUUAACCAUGUAAAAGAUUAAUGGUAAAGUAAGCUUUUUAGGGCUCUUUGCCAAUAGAUAGUAAUUCAAUCUGGUAUUGAUAUUUUCACAAUCAAACCAAGAAACUUUUAUAUAUAACUGAAGAUCACAUAAAACAGAUUUGCAUAAAAUUAUCAUUGCUUUAUGUUUAUAUUUAACUUGUAUUUUUGUACAAAUAAGAUUGUGUAAGAUACAAGGUUUCAGUGAUUUAACAGUCUUUCCAACUUUUCCUGAUUUUUAUGAGUACAGACUUUCAAGAAAAAAACACUUGAAAAUAAAUUACAUUGCCUUGUGUCCAUUAAUCAGCAAAUAAAACAUGGCCUUAAAGUUGUUUGUGUUAUUGUACAAUUUGGAAAUUAUGUCGGGACAUACCCUAUAGAAUUACUAACCUCACUGCCCCUUGUAGAAAAUGUAUUAAUCAUUCUACAUUAAAGAAAAUAACGGUUCUUACUGGAAUGGAAUGUCUAGGCACUGUACAGUGAUGAUAUACAUCGGUCAUUGUAUUGUACCAGUGAAAAGCCAAAUUUAAAAGGCCUGAAACUGCAGUUUUUGUAUGUCAGAUAUUGCCUGUGGUGGCUCUAAUAUGCACCUCAAGAUUUUAAGGAGAAGAUGUUUUUAGAGAGAAUUUCUGCUUCCACUAUAGAAUAUAUACAUAAGUGUAAAAUACUGACAUAAGUGGAAGUAGUGUAUUUUAAAGUAAUUACACUUCUGAGUUUAUUUUUCCUAUUCUGUAGUUGAUAUGACUUAAAUGAAUUACUGGAAUGGGUAGUGAGUGUGCUUAUUUUAAAUGUUCUGAUUCUGUUAUAUUUUUCAUUAAGUUUUUUAAAAAUUAAAUUGAAUAUUAAAUUGUAUGGACAUUAUUUAUUAAUUUUAAAUUGAAUCUCUCAGUAAAUACUCAAGUUCUUAAAUUAAGAUAAAUUAUCCCCAGUGAAACGGAUGGUGAUACAAGUCUGAGUAGAGAAUCUUAACCAAAAGCAGAAGUUGGCUGAGUUCAGAGUGUUCAACAUCAAAACGUUCUGGAGUGAUUAACUGCUAAAUUCUGAGUCAGUCAUCACAUAGACUUGAGACUAAGUUUUUUUGUUUUUAGAUGAUUCUAUUAUAUUUAGGUCUGUUAUUCUAAGAUGGGCGGUGGCCAACAGUGGCCCACAGGCCAAAUUCAGACUGGUCUUUUCUUUUUUUUUGUAAAAACUUUUUGUGUGUAUGGCUGCUUUCUCAGGACAACCAUAGAAACUGAGUAGUGAUAGUGGCCGUAUGGCCUGAAAUGUUUAUUAUCUGGCCCUUUACAGAAAGUUUGCCAGCCUCUGUUCUAAGAAAAGGAGUGUGCCUUGAAUUUUAAGGAAAAUGUUGAUUUCCAGGGAAGGGGUAGGCUAAGUUGAUAGGGAGUUUGUCUCUCUUGUCUGUUCUUUUCUCAUUUAAGAAUCUGAUAGUGAAGGAUUGAUUUAGAAAAGGUUUAACAUGACGAUAAGUGUGAAAUUUUAAAAAUUGAAAAGCCAUAACUCAUCUGUCCUAAACAGUUACAUAAGAAAGUAUUUAUCAGAAUAAUCUUAGAGUUGAGCUGCCUUUAUUAAAUCUUUUAUAAGCAUCAUUAAAAAAUGUUUUUGCAGAUUUUAAACAGUUGUUUAAUGAAAACCAUAAGCAUUAUUCACUUUUAGUAAGUUUUGAUCCUGUAAUUCCUGGUGAAAAGUAAUUGAUUUUCUUUUAAAUAUAUCUAAGUAAAGAUUAUUAGUAUUAACAAGAACACACCUCUUCACAACAUGUGCUAAGGAGUUUAUAAAGAAUUAAAAGAAACUAUAUUAAUAACAACUUUGAUAAGCAUCCAUAAUUUUGAUUUUGUUUAAACAUUGGAAUUCUACAGACAAUAUUCUUUGUGUACUGUGAAUUUAAGCAGUUUCAGAGUAUCUAGAGGAGCUCUAUUAAUGCUAAAAGUCUGUAAAUUUGGACAUGGCUGUACAAUGGGAAAGGGGGUUGUGGAAAGAUGCUUUCUGUUAGCUCUUAGCCACUUGGAACUCAUUAACCCUGAAUUUCCAUCACUAAGCACUUAGUAUUUGGCCAUCCCCUUUCUGAGUAGCAAAUGGUUAACACAUGUCAAGUAGAACUCUGCUGUCACCCUUAAAUCAGCGUAAGUCUUCCAGACAAAGGCAGAUGGCAUGCAGGGUUUGCAUAAGUCACUAGAUUUACAGCUGACCUCAGUUAAUCUCUCAAUUCAUAAUAUGAAGUAUAUGUGUUUUAAAUAGGAGAUAUGAGUUCUGUGUUAAGACUCUUUAUUUGUACUCCAUAGUUAAAGUAAAGUGGUUUUCAUGAUUAUCCCUAAUUUCCUUUCCUGAAAUAAACUGUUAUGAAAAAGAUAAUGAACUCCAUCUUGGGAAACUAGAAAGAGAAAAAAAUGGCAAGGUAGUUAAUUGUUCUGUUUGCCACAAUUAGAAUCCACACUUAAACAAAUAUUUUAUAGUUCUACAUUCUUUUUUACCCAUUCAGUGGAGAAUGUCCAGCUUUUCUCCCAAGUUGUAUGUUAAUGCAAUUCUAAUAUGUAUACAACAUCAAAGAUAAACAUGUAAUAAACAUGGAAAUAAAGCUUUAGCUCUAUUAGCAAAAUGUUAAA